CCACUCUCAUCCUUGACCUGCUCCCCCCCCAACAAAGCUUCUCUUGUGGGGUGAAGCCUUUCAACUGGUCAUCCCUUGUCCUUCUGGGACCCCCCCGCCCCAGCUGAGGGGCGGCCAUGACUUCCAACUCUUUGCUUGAAGUAAAGAUCCUCUUUUGAGGUUCCUGAGGAUCGAGAGCUCGGUUCAUGCAGAUUAAGCAAGUCUUGGAGAAAAGAUUCCCGAACAAACUGGACAUUACGGCGGAAAUUGGUGAGAGUGGGACCUUUGAAGUGAUUCUGCCAGAAUCCGAUAUCGUUUUGCAUUCCAAGAAGGAUGGCGCCGGCUACGUGGACACCGAGGAGAAGAUAAAAGCCAUCUGCGAAGGCAUCAAGAAGCAGCUGAGGGCCAAGACUCCCAAGAGCAAAGUGGUGACCAAGAAAUUCUUGAAGAAGCUAGAACAGGGCCAUGCUAGCCAGAAACUGGAAGCGAAACCGGAAGCGAAGCCGCAAGCGAAGGCAGAAGCGAAACUGGAAGCCAUUCCAGAACUGAAAACAGAAGUGGAGCCGGAAGUGAAAGAACCACCGCUGACGGAUUUGACAUCUUCUCCAGAGGUGGAGAAGAAAACAGAAGGACUCGCCUUGACCAAAACCACCAAUGAGUUAGAGGCCACCACUCCCAGGACGUGAAAAUCUCGGAGGGCAGAUCAUGACGGGGUCAUCCGAAAGGAGGAAGACGCCUGGAUGAUUCCCCGAUGUCGCUCUGUCUCCUAAUUUCGCAUUCUCGCUGCGGAUGACGCACUGUGAAAGAAAACAGGAAAAAAAAUCCUUUCGAUUUAA